AAGCAUUACACGAGUCCUCAAGCCCGUCCACCUGUUAAAGCGAGCAGUUCUGUUUCUUUUUUUUCCCCCCACAUUGCUUGUCGGAUGUGAUGGAACUCAUGUUUGCCGAGUGGGAGGACGGGGAGAGGUUUUCCUUUGAAGACUCUGAUCACUUUGAAGAGGACUCUCUUUGUUCCUUCAUCUCUGAGGCAGAGAGCCUUUGCCAGAACUGGAGAGGAUGGAGGAAGCAAUCAGCUGGACCCAAUUCGCCCACUGUCAAAAUGAAAGAUGGGCUGGUGAUCCCAUUGGUGGAACUGUCUGCAAAACAGGUUGCAUUUCACAUUCCAUUCGAGGUCGUGGAGAAAGUUUAUCCUCCAGUGCCUGAGCAACUGCAGCUUCGGAUCGCCUUCUGGAGUUUCCCUGAAAAUGAGGAAGAUAUUAGAUUGUACUCGUGUUUGGCAAAUGGCAGUGCAGAUGAGUUCCAGCGAGGGGAACAGCUCUUCCGGGUGAGGGCAGUCAAAGACCCUCUCCAGAUAGGUUUCCAUCUGAGCGCCACUGUGGUACCCCCACAGAUGGUGCCACCCAAAGGUGCAUACAAUGUGGCAGUGAUGUUUGACCGAUGCAGGAUCACAUCAUGCAGCUGUACCUGCGGAGCUGGGGCCAAGUGGUGUGCUCAUGUCGUGGCACUCUGCCUCUUCCGGAUACACAAUGCAUCUGCGGUAUGCCUACGAGCACCUGUUUCUGAGUCCUUGUCUCGGCUACAAAGAGACCAAUUGCAAAAAUUUGCUCAGUACCUAAUCAGUGAACUUCCACAACAGAUUCUUCCAACUGCUCAGCGCUUGCUCGAUGAGCUCUUAUCUUCUCAGUCCACUGCCAUCAACACAGUGUGUGGAGCCCCAGAUCCCACUGCUGGACCCUCUGCAUCAGAUCAAAGCACCUGGUACUUAGAUGAAUCUACUCUGAGUGACAACAUAAAGAAAACCCUUCAUAAAUUUUGUGGACCCUCUCCUGUUGUUUUCAGUGAUGUGAAUUCGAUGUAUCUCUCUUCCACGGAGCCACCAGCUGCUGCUGAGUGGGCCUGUCUCCUGCGUCCCCUGCGAGGAAGGGAGCCCGAGGGAAUCUGGAACCUGCUUUCUAUCGUGCGGGAGAUGUUUAAGAGACGGGAUAGCAACGCUGCUCCUUUGCUGGAGAUUCUGACUGACCAGUGUCUCAACUAUGAACAGAUAACUGGCUGGUGGUACAGUGUGAGAACAUCUGCAUCACACAGCAGUGCUAGCGGCCACACCGGGCGCAGCAAUGGCCAGUCAGAAGUAGCUGCUCAUGCCUGUGCAAGUAUGUGUGAUGAGAUGGUGGUUCUUUGGAGGCUGGCUGUCCUAGACCCUACUAUUAGUCCACAGAGGCGCAGGGACCUUUGCUCACAGCUCAGACAGUGGCAGCUGAAAGUCAUAGAUAACGUUAAGAGGGGUCAGCACAAGAAAUCACUGGAGAAGCUGUUCCAAGGUUUCAAGCCAGCUGUGGAAGCCUGUUACUUCAACUGGGAGGAAGCUUAUCCCAUUCCUGGGAUCACCUAUAGCAGCUCUGACAAGAAGAACUCUUUCUGUUGGGUAAAGGCCAUCCAGCAGAGAAGCUGCCGGUUACAGUGUGCAGAAACUGCCUGUGAGGCUGGUAGAGUCCAUGGACAGGAGCCUGGGGGAUCAUGUAUGCAGGCUGGCGACAGGCUGCGUCCAUCUCCCCAGGAGCCAGCGGUUCGCCCGAAGGAACUCACUGGAAAGCGGAAAGUUGUGUCUGAAACGCCACAGAGGGUUCUGAGACGACUUUCAGCAGAAGGUGAUAAAGCUGUGUAUAAGACUGCAGUGGGCAAAGGCAAAUUGCCAGUGAGCAAAGGCUUGACCAGUAAACAUAGUGGGAAACGGCGCAUGAGCAGUGAGGACAGCUCCCUGGAGCCAGACUUAGCAGAGAUGAGCCUGGAUGACAGCAGCUUGGCUCUAGGGGCAGAAGCCAGCAACACAUUUAGUUUUACAGAAAGCCCGCUGAGCAGGAGCUACAGGGAUACCUUUGAGGAGGAUGGUGGGGUGUACUUCUCCGAGGGACCUGAGCCAAGUGUCAGGAGCAGUUCCACGGCCAAGAAAUCAUCCAAGGAUCCUGUGGGAGAAAUGGGUAGUGGUGAUGAUGAUCUGCCUUCUGCAGAUGAGAACAGCGGUGGUGUGAGCCUGAAGCCAGAAGAAGUAGGAGAGAGUGGCGCCGCAGGGGGAGGUGACGAUGGAGAAGAGGAAGAUGAUUACCAGGUUUACUAUCUGAAUCCACAAGAGGUAGCCAAGGAAGAUGAUGACAAAGCUGAAGGGGGGAAUGAAGAGGAACAGGAUAUAUUUGCUGGUAUAAAGCCUCUGGAGCAGGAAAACCGGAUGGAGAUCCUGUUUGCUUGUGCAGAGGCCCUGUAUGCACAUGGAUACAGCAAUGAAGCAUGUCGCUUAACUGUAGAGCUUGCCCGGGACCUGUUAGCCAACCCUCCAGAUCUCAAAGUGGAGCAGCCACCAACUAAGGGCAAAAAGAACAAAGUAUCAACCAGCAAGCAGACGUGGAUGGCAACCAACACCUUGUCCAAAGCUGCUUUCCUGCUGACUGUGUUGAGUGAGCGGCUGGAGUACCACAACCUGGCCUUUCGAAUAGGAAUGUUUGCUCUGGAGCUGCAGAGACCACCCGCUUCUACCAAGGCUCUGGAGGUGAAGCUGGCUUAUCAGGAGUCUGAGAUUGUAGCCCUCUUGAAGAAGAUUCCCUUGGUCACUAAUGAGAUGAAUACUAUUCGAGGAAGAGCUGAAGAACUUCGAGAAGGAACAUUAUGUGAUUAUCGUCCAGUCCUGCCUCUUAUGUUGGCUAGCUUUAUAUUUGAUGUCCUGUGCACUCCAGUGGUUUCUCCUACAGGUUGUAGACCCCCAAGUCGUAAUUGGAAUAAUGAAAUGCCUGGAGAUGAAGAGCUUGGUUUUGAAGCAGCUGUUGCUGCUCUUGGCAUGAAGACAACUGUCAGUGAAGCAGAACAUCCUCUGUUGUGUGAAGGCACCCGAAGGGAGAAAGGUGAUCUGGCACUAGCCCUGAUGAUUACUUACAAGGAUGAUCAGUCUAAGCUGAAGAAGAUUUUAGACAAACUCCUGGACAGAGAGAGUCAGACUCACAAGCCACAGACUCUGAGUUCCUUCUACUCCUCCAGCAAGCCUACAGUAGCAAAUCAAAAAUCUCCUUCCAAACACGCAGCCCAGUCCACUGCAGCUAUCCAGCAGCUUCCAGGGACUUCUGUCACUCAGCAACCUGGUGUAAGCCCAGCAGUUCAGAGCAGUCCUGAGAACUUUGUGGAGAAGAGUGCACAGGAGAGCUCUCAGAGGUCCCCCUGUGAGCCAGCUGGUGAGUCCACUGUCCUGAAGCAAGAGGGAAAGGUGCCCAGUCGUCUGGCCCUUGGAAACCGAGGUGGAUACAAUGGGAGAUGCUGGGGUUCACCUGUUAGACAGAAGAAGAAACACACAGGCAUGGCUAGCAUUGACAGCAGUGCUCCUGAAACCACCUCUGACAGUUCUCCAACACUCAGUCGGCGACCACUACGCGGGGGGUGGGCAACAACAUCAUGGGGCAGAGGACAGGACAGUGACAGCAUCAGCAGUUCUUCGAGUGAUUCGCUGGGAUCUUCCUCUUCCAGUGGCAGUAGGAGAGCCAGCGGGGGAGCCCGUGCAAAGACUGUGGAAGUUGGCAGGUAUAAAGGGAGGCGGCUGGAGAGCCAUGCUCCUCAUGUUCCAAACCAGCCGUCAGAGGCAGCUGCUCACUUCUACUUUGAAUUGGCCAAGACAGUCCUCAUCAAAGCUGGUGGAAACAGCAGUACCUCCAUCUUCACCCACCCUUCCUCCAGUGGCGGGCACCAGGGACCACACCGCAACCUUCACCUCUGCGCCUUUGAGAUCGGGCUGUAUGCACUAGGGCUGCACAACUUUGUGUCCCCCAACUGGCUUUCUCGAACGUACUCCUCCCAUGUCUCCUGGAUCACAGGGCAGGCUAUGGAGAUUGGUAGCGCAGCCUUGAACAUCUUGGUGGAGUGCUGGGAUGGACAUCUGACCCCCCCAGAGGUGGCAUCAUUGGCAGACAGAGCCUCGCGGGCCAGAGACUCCAACAUGGUGCGGGCAGCUGCUGAACUGGCGCUCAGCUGCCUGCCCCACGCCCAUGCCCUGAACCCAAAUGAGAUCCAGAGGGCUCUGGUGCAGUGCAAGGAACAGGACAAUCUGAUGCUGGAAAAGGCCUGUAUGGCAGUAGAAGAGGCAGCGAAGGGAGGCGGUGUGUACCCAGAAGUCCUCUUUGAAGUAGCUCACCAGUGGUACUGGCUUUAUGAACAGACUGUUGGUGGGACUCCGGCCCAGAGAGAAGGUGCCACGGGCUGCAGUGCUAGCGGUGCGCGGGCUGCCUCUGAAGCAACACGAGGAUUGACAGACAACCGGGUGACCACUGAGCCGACCACUGUAACAGUAGCAGCUGCAGUGACUGCAGCAGCAACGGUCAUGCCAGUGAUCUCUGUGGGGUCAACCAUGUACCAGCAGCACACGAUGGCAGGGCCGGCGAUGGCGCACACACACACGCAGGGCCUCCACCCCUACACCACCCUUCAGACUCACAUUCCCUGUAAUCCCCAGUAUAUCGGACACACUAUCCAGCACAUGCCGCGUCCAGCUGUCUUCCCAGUGCCUGGCUCAGCAUACCCGCAGGGUGUCCAUCCAGCAUUCAUAGGAGCUCAGUACCCUUACUCAGUAACAACGCCAUCAUUGGCAGCUACAGCAGUGUCAUUCCCUGGUGUGCCAGUCCCAUCCAUGACGCAGAUUGCGGUGCAUCCCUAUCACAGCGAGACGGGACUGUCACUGUCUUCCAAUGUAGCGAUAGGAAGUGUCCAUGCAGGAUCAACGUUCCCAGCGAUUCAGGGGGCUUCCUUGACAACUCUGUCCUCACAGCCCAACUCCCUUGUUACAGGGAGUUUUCCUGCCGAGGAUGAGCAGCACAGUCAGCCUGUGAGCCCCCAGGGUCUGCACUACCUCCACUCCGCAUACCGAGUUGGGAUGCUGGCUCUGGAGAUGCUUGGCCGAAGAGCUCACAACGACCAUCCCAACAACUUCUCCCGCAGCCCACCCUACACGGAGGAUGUAAAAUGGCUCCUUGGGUUAGCUGCAAAGUUAGGUGUAAACUACGUGCAUCAGUUUUGUGUUGGUGCAGCCAAAGGGGUGCUGAGCCCUUUUGUGCUGCAGGAGAUCAUCAUGGAAGCUCUACAGCGGCUCAACCCUGCCCAUGUGCACAACCACCUGCGCACCCCAGCCUUCCACCAGCUGGUGCAGAGGUGCCAGCAGGCCUACUUGCAGUACAUCCAUCACCGGCUGAUCCAUCUCAUUCCAGCUGACUACGAUGACUUUGUGAAUGCCAUCCGCAGCGCCAGAAGCGCCUUCUGCCUGACUCCCGUGGGCAUGAUGCAGUUUAAUGAUAUUCUCCAGAACCUGAAGCGCAGCAAGCAGACAAAGGAGCUGUGGCAAAGGGUGUCUCUGGAAAUGACCACCUUCUCACCAUGACAGUAGGCGGAGCUCCAUGGACACACAACCCUUUGCCCCGCAUAGCUGUAGUUCCAUUUACACCAUCCUUCCUUCUGGUGUCUUUUUUAUUUUAGUUUUAACUUGUUGGAAACCACUGAUUUGAUGUAUUUAUACCAUGACAUUCCUCUCCAGCACUGUUGCGUGUUGGCGCUCUGCUUUGCUCGCUCUUCCUCCACCUUCCCAGUGGGCUACAGGCUUCAGAGGCAUCAGGUAAUGAGAAGGAAGUUGAGCUGGCUGCCCUGUGGUGUAGUCACUGCUUUUUUCCCUGAGCCCCUGGAGGCUAUCCUGCGAGCAGUUUGCAGUGUGAUUACACACGUGUUUGAGGGGUGGGGGAGUCUGUCUGUCUUAAAUAUUUAUUUUGGCAUUUAUAAAUAUGUAAACUUUUUUUUUUGUAUGGGCUUCUCUUACUCCACACACCAUCUCCUGUUGGGAGAGGCUGGGACUGCUGUGCACAGCCAGUGCUCCCUCCAUUCCUUUCAGCACCUCCUGCUGAGAGAAGCUGAGACUGGAGUAGCAGGGCCAGGGCCACCUCUGCAGCUUUCUGCAGCAGCUGCUGAUGGCAGAGGCUGGAGCUUGGGCAGACAAAGUCCAAGACUGCCCUGAACUGCCUGGAGACUGCCAGAAGUGCUCAGGCUCUUUCUCAAGAGUGUCCCUCACUGGGCAUUCCUGGCCCUUAGGAUGUUUUGAUCCUGGUUAUUCGGAGUUGUACAAUCGUGUUUCUUUUGGCUGGGGUAUUACCCUCCUGUAAUCAGUUUCUUAUCCCUUAUCUCUUCUCGUUUCCUGAUUAAACACUCGUUUUCUUAGACUGACUCUCUCUUCUCUCUGCUGUGAUGUUGACAGUGAUGGAACUGGCCAGCUGUGUGUCAGUGGGAGCUCCUGUGAGCUGAUAGAUAGCUGUCUUGCCUUGGGAAAUAGCAGCCAGCACGAGGCAGGUGGCCAGAGCCAAAGGUUUUUUGCCUGGUACUGCUCUGAGAAUGACGUGUCUCUGCAGAGGCUGAGGUACGUGCUGACUGGGUGGUUGAGGGGCGUGAGCGAAGCUGGUGGCCUGGGGCGUCCUGGUGCAGCAUCUACACUUCUGCCAGCCUCUGGGUUCCUCUUCCAGUGUGGACAGCAGCAAUACCGUGUGGUGAUGGGCAGCUCUGUAUUUCCAAAACCUUAUGCAAAACAGUAGCUGCUUGCACUUAAUUGUUAAGGACUAGUGGUGUGCUCCCGUGAGUUUUAAGAGGUUCUUGGUGAACUAUCCCAGAGAUCCAAUAGGGACAGUGUUGCAGAAAGUUAAUUUUAGAAAGCUUUUAUUUUUGUGCCAAGGAAAUUUAAAAGGCUACCGCCGUCUGUAAGCAUACAAGCACAGAAAUUUCAGGGUUUUUUUAAUUGGUAAUCAGAAAAUUGAUGGAUGUUAAGAAUCUUAAUGUCUCAAUAGGAAUAUAUUUUGCUUCUUGGAUUUAAGCAACGACAAUACGGAGCUUUUAGUUUCUGCAAGGUAAAAACGUAUGCCUGUGUGAUCUUUUCAAUGAUGCUCUUAAGAAAUAAGUUAACUAACUAACUAAAUAGGGCAAAGCAGAUGAACAGGCUCCUUUGGUUUUCUUCCUGUACUACACAGGCCAGCGUGUGUAAUCAAGGUUGUGCUUUUGAUUGUACAACAGUAACUAUUUAAAUAUCUCCUUAGAGCCCUUUGUAUACCUCCAUAAGGUGUUCUGCUGUCUAGUUACAUGCUAAUUAUAAAUGCUGAUGCUUGUAAGAAUGUGUUUAAUUUUGUGUUUUUUAAACUAAUUCUGUGUUGGUUGUGAGGUGCCUGUUAUUGAGCAAAAGUCAAAGCUUUUGAAAGGACAGCCCCAUCUCUGGAAAGUCUAGGUUCCUGGAGCACUUUGUCUGGUUCUUGUAUGUUCCGAACUGGGAAAGUAGUUUAGAGAAAAAAUGAGCUUUCUAAUAAAGUCUCAUCUUUUCCUUUCCACUUACACUUAGACCCUGAAUAGGCAAGUUUUCACAUUCCCGCAAUUAAAAUACAUCAGGAGCAUGAGAACAUUGUCACCAGUAUCUUUGGUUUGAGGAAAUACAGUGGAGCUGCUUACAGUGAGGUUAGAAUGGAAAUUACAGGGAAGUGUACUUGCUUUUUGUGUAGUCCCCACAAGUGUGUAAGAGAAAAGAAAUAGCAAUACCAAUUUUCUUCCACUGUGCUCAAAACUUUCUCUUUGUUUUACCUGCUCCAGUCCUUAUACAGAGAUUGCACUGCUUCCAUUUGACAGACCCUGUCAGAGUUGUCUUCCAGCAGCUGCAGAGCCCAUGCAGGAAGAGCCAGGGAAUCUCACCUCAGACUGACGUCGACCAAAGAAGCAGCUCAGUGGUAUGAGCCACAGGUCAGUAGUUUCAGAAAUUUCCAGUCUUUUCUCUGAAAAAAGAGAGUACUCAGAUGCAGCUGUGAGAAAGAGGAGCUGUGUGACAAUGCUGCCUUCUCAUUUGUUCUCAUCUGUCUGAACACGUUCCACGCUGGGUCUCUGGAUCUAUUUUAUCUUUUGUUGUGCCUGAGCUGUAUCCUAUGGAAAUGUAGCUGAGCAAGGACAGGAAGACAGUGAGAAAGGAGAUGAUUUUAUUUUUUUUUUUUUCCCUGCCAUGUGGCGGGUAGACUUUUGAAGUAAUCUUUCCCUUAUAUGAGAUUAAGUGAGCACUGGUGUGUUAAUUUACCAUUAAGUUAAAAAAAUUAAUUCCCAGUGCAGUCUUGUUAGUUUGGUCACUAUUCCAGGUGUGGGGCAAGUAGUUAGGCUUAGAAAUUCUGAAGACGCUUGAGCUUAAAACCUGUGAAAGAGCAGAGGGUCACAGCCACCUCAAAUUCCCUUUGACUUUCAGCUAACCAUUGUGUUUUUUCACUCUGAGUACAUGUUCUCUAGGGUCCAAACCCUCACCAGCAACACAUGUGCUCAGUGCAGUUUAGACUAUCUGCCAGGCAGCUGCCUACUCUAGAGUUCUUCCAGUGUAAGAAUGUCUUUUAUGUAGCUGAGAUGCUGUUUUAUUUUGGGGGGGAUUGCUCAGGUUUGGCAACAAAUGGUGAAUUUAGUCAGCAUUAAUAGCGAUGGGUAUUUAUCCCCACUUAUGCGAAGAUGGAUGAAAUUCUGUGACAGGUGAACUUGCAAUGGGUUAUUGUCUCGUUUGCUGAAGUCUAAUUCACCAUCCAUUCCUUGAAGGUAGGCGGCAUGAGGUCUUUAGAUUGUAUGUCUUCCUUUGUCCCAUUUACAAUGACUUUCUCUUCCUUGCCAGAUUUAUUUUUCACAUGUGACCAUAGGAAAUAUUUUUUCUCUCCCCUUCCCUGAAGAAGUUAGUGUCCAUUAAGUGUCUUUUCCCCUUACCUGUACGUGGUCUUGUCCUUAAAAAUAAAGCUGUAUCUAGGACAGUAGCAUAUCUAGAACUUAAUCUUUUGAUCCCUGCAUAAUUUCUGAGUUUUUAAGGGGUAACAUCUUGGCUUUAUUGACUUGGUAAAUGUGCCACAACUACAGGUGGACUUUUGGCUUUUUGGCUCAUCCAGAAGGAAUGGUGUGAUGUUUUGUUCUUACACAGUGGAUAAAACUGUGCUUGCUCCACAUCUCUUGCUACAGAUACACCUUUUUUUCUGUAUGACUUAGGUAGGUACACCAGUCCCUGUGAGAGCCCCCUUCCCACUGUAGGGGAACACAGAGGACAUAUUCACCUUCAACCAUCUUUCUUGCCUGUGAAAGUUUUCCCUUGGAAGCCUUUUCCAGGAAUGUGCUUUAGCAGAACAUUACUUGCCUUUGGACUUGUGUCUUUGCAGCCAGUGAACAACCUGAGUUGGAGCUGUUAUCUGAUGAUGUGACAUGCCUAGCAGGUAGGACUAGAGUUAGAUGAAAAGUGCGUCUUUCUAUGCUUUCUUUACUCUCAUUUGGGAUAUGCAUUCUGUGUGCCCCAAUUAGAGCACCAUCUGAUGUGAUUAUGGUAAAACAACAAGAAAAAGGACCUUUCUUAAGUUGCUCCUUUUUUGUUUACUACCUUCCCUCUCAUGCCCUAGCGUAAUUCAGAUAUGGAUUUUGAACUCCUUUCUGAUUCUUGUUCCCAUUUUUAGGGUACUUGAACUUGAGGCAAGGUAGGCAAGGCUCCUGUCAAGGAGCAUCAUUAAUCUGUGAAAACUGCAAGUGCAGUUUGGGGAUAUUCUGUGCUAGGGUUUCAGUUUGAGCCUAUGAUUAAUUAAAGCGUUUUCUCAGGUCUAACUGCCAAAUGCAAGCCUUGUGAGCUGUCACAAGGUAACUUCACUGCUGCGUAUUGUUAAUUGUUGGUAUAGUAACAGUGUCUGUGCUCUGUAAGCAAUUGUUUUCUGUUCAGUGUUGCCUGUUUGCAGUUAUAGCAUAGCUACUUAAUACUGUACAGUCUGCACUGCACAAUUACUCCCUUGCUGUAAGGGGAUGGUGAGCUAUAAGAAGGGAGGAAAAAUGCUAGUAAUGCAUUAAAGAAUCUAUUGUGUAUAGUACGUGUACAUGGAUAGCAUGCAGUAUGAACGUGGAACAGUCCCUUGUGAUUUCCUUUGAUUUCAUACUUUACUUUGCCUUGUUUAAGUCAACCAGGAGCGUAUCACUGUUAGAAAUGCUGGGGCUUUAAGGGCAACAAUUGUGCAGGGCCUUAGUGUCAACACAUUGUUAUAAAACUUGACAUGCGCCUUUUCCAAUACUUGACUAGACAGAAUUCUGAGAACAGUCUGAUUUAUAAUCCUUUGUUACUAAUGCGACGUAAACUUGAGCUGGAUUUCAGCCUGCUCUUGCAGGGUCAGAAUUAUGGAUAUAGGGUCUGCAAGCAUUUUGGAGAGACUAGACAAGUCAAUAAAGUGAUACGGAUGAGAAUGGGGAGGAUUUGCGUCUUGAAAGGCAAAUAUUCUUUACAGCCAACAGUAGCUUGAAGAGAUAAAGAAACUAUUUGUACAUAUUCCACAACAGUAUUAUAGAAAAAAGCAUCAGGCAUACUUUGUUGUACCAAAACCAACUUGUGCUUUUCAGCAAUAAGUUAGUUCUUUAACUUUAAAUGUUUACUCUCUUUUUUAUAAUUCCACAAGCCAUUAUGUAACAAGGGGACAGAACCAAACAAGAGUUACAGCCCAAAUAACUGGUGGGACGGUACCACUACUCACUCAGUUGCCUACUGAGUGAAUGGAUUUUUUCUUCCUAGUGUGAGGCAGCCUGCUGGAAGCACUUGUGUGUGUUAGAUUACACUGACUUGGUGGCCUACUCAGAUGCACAGUGAGUCAGCGAAGGGACGAACAACCAGCUUCAUUGGGCAUGUUCAGGUCAGUUUGUCGUUAAUUUUCUUACCCUGUUAUUAUUGCUACAGCAAAAUGACCAGUAAGGAACCAAAGGUGUCUCUUAGUCAGCUGUGCAUUUGAGACCACUGAAAAACAAUAGGACCAGCUUAUUUGCUCAAGAUGCUCGUUAGAUUAAUGUAACUAUAGACUCUUGUGUUUCUUUCUGAUUUCCAGUAUCUGUAGGCUUCUGCCAGGAUUAUACCCUUGUGGUGCUGUCAUCUUUUUU